AUGAGUGAUCAACUUUCACAAGAACAAAUUGCUGAAUAUCGUGAAGCCUUUCAAUUAUUUGAUAAAAAUGGUGACGGUAGCAUCAGUGCCAACGAACUUGGUGUCGUUCUUCGUUCAUUUGGUAUGAAUCCUAGUGAAUCUGAACUUCAGGAUAUGGUCAACGAUGUUGAUGCUGAUGGAAAUGGUCAAAUAGAUUUUAACGAAUUCCUCGGCCUUGUCAAAAACUUGAAGAGUGACCAUGAUACCGAUGAUCUUCAAGAAGCAUUCAAAGUUUUUGAUGCAGAUGGAAAUGGUGUAAUUGAUCGUGAAGAACUACACAAAGUUAUGUCAUCACUGAAUGAGACUUUAACAGAAGAAGAAUUAGAUGCCAUGAUCAAGGAAGCCGAUAGUAAUGGAGAUGGUAAAAUAAGUUUUGAAGAAUUUAAGGCUAUGAUGGGCGGAAGAUAA